AUGUCACCCUUCAACACUUUCACUGUCGCUUCUGCUGCUACCCCGACAAUAGUUUCCACUGCUCUCUCUCACUUCCUCGAUAAUAAACAUCUAGAAAACACACCAAAGGCCAAUCUCUCGUACCACGGGGGUGUAGAGCUUGUCCGAAAGUUUUUGGUCUACGCAUCUCAACACACCGUCGAGCAGCUACAAGCCUUCACCUCGCAGUACGUCCCGCACCCUAUUUGGGUGCACACUGAGGAUGAAUCUAUUCCUGCCGAGUUCUUGGAAAAGUCUGCCGCACACGUCGUUGAACACCUUGGCCCGGAUGGCGUCGAGAAGGUCGGGGGCGAGCAAUGGUGGAAAUGGGCGCCGAAGGAGUUGACUGCUGAAUGGGUAGAGAUGAGGAAAGACUGGUGGGCCCGAACUAGGCACCCGGAAACCCUACCGAGAACUAUGUUCUAUGUUCAUGGAGGCGGUUACUUUUUCGGGAGUGUCGAUGAACAUAGGUAUCAACUACAGAGACACGCCCGGAAGCUCAAGGCUAGAGUAUUUGCACCACGGUACCGGCUUGCUCCGCAGUUCCCGUUUCCAUGUGCAAUCUAUGAUGUUCUCGCAUGUUAUAUCUAUUUGAUAUCAAUACAGAGCCCCGAAACAAUCAUCCUAGCUGGUGAUUCGGCCGGCGGAGGGAUGGUACUAUCUCUCUUGGUGAUCCUUCGGGAUCAGGGACUCCCAAUGCCUGCCGGGGCUGUAUUGAUUAGUCCUUGGGUAGAUCUUUGCCACAGCUUCCCUAGCAUCGUCGCGGGAAAUGAACAUGAUUUCAUGCCACCCCACGGAUUCUUUCACAAGCCUUCACAGGCUUGGCCGCCCCCAACCGAAGAAGAUGUCGAUGCUUCAACGGAUCCAGAGAAACCACCAAUAAUCACCGUUCACAAAAAAACCGUAACAAUAGCCGGAAGCCUGGUAACCCUCAAGGACCAAAUCCACAUGUACACCACAAACGACCUAAUGGACCACCCCCUCGUCUCCCCAGUCCUACAGAGCACCCUCGGCGGCCUCCCGCCACUACUAAUAAUAUCUGGCGGCGGCGAGAUCCUAAGAGACGAGCAAAUCUACAUAGCGCACAAAGCCGCAAAUCCCGACAAGUACCCAACCUGGCCCGGUCAUUUGGCCAAAGACCCAUCGGGGCGCCAGCAAGCAGCGCUGGGGAAAAAUUACCCCCCGACAAGAGUUUGGCUGCAAGUCUACGAUGGCUGUUGCCACGUCACGCCCACACUUUCCUUCACCCGUCCUGCAAAACUGAUGUUCCGCGUGAUAGCGCACUUUGGUGCAUGGGCGCUGUCGAACGCGACGAACACGAGCAUAGAAGUCGAUGAGGACGACGACAUCUCCGUGAUCUCCACGGACGAGAACAGCGCCGUCCCCCCGGGCCACCACAGGUUGCGCCAGACUGGCACAAUCAAAGAGUCCAAUUCCCAGAGCGUGCCCCCGUUUGAGGACAACAUGAUUAGACAACAGAUCGACCACCAGGGCCGCAUUUUCGAAUUGCCCCCCGUACAGGAACUCCCCGGGAUGCAGCUGGCGCCCGACCAGAUCGGUGUUGUUAAGCCGGAGCCAGUGCGCAGGUGGCUGGAAGCGAAGGCUUGGUCGGAUGCUAAAUUCUCGAAGACCAGGAAGAAGGUUGAGAAGAAGCGCGCGAAGGAGGUCUGCAAGGGGGCGGCCGCUGCUGCCGGUGGCGGCAUCGGCGGGUCGAGUCUUGGAUUAAGGUUUUGGAGCUCGAUGGGGUAUAGCCAUGAUGAGAAGACGAUGGCGAGAGAAGAAAAGGCAGAAGCGAAAGUGGAGGCGGCUGAGAGUGCACAACGCUCCUCCGGCACUAUUUACAGCAAAGAUGGGUAA